AUGUCUCUCACAAACGCAUCCCCGGCUGAAGCCGCAAAGGCGGCAAAAGAAGCAUCGCAUGUGCUUGCUACGCUAUCCGAAUAUGCCAGAAACGAUGCAUUGACUGCCAUCCAUGCCGGCCUGACUGCUGCCAAGAAAGAUAUCCUCGCGGCCAAUGCUCGCGAUCUUGAGGCUGCACGUGUAGCAGCAGAAAGCGGCCAGUUAAGCCAGAGCCUGGUUUCGAGGUUAGAUCUCGGAAAGAAGGGAAAAUGGGAAGAUAUGCUGAAGGGCAUACUUGACGUGAGAGGUCUUGAAGAUCCCGUUGGCAAAGUUACCUUAAGAACUAAGCUGGAUGACGGCCUGGAGUUGACGAGGGUCACUUGCCCCAUUGGUGUUCUUUUAAUUAUCUUUGAGGCACGACCUGAGGUUAUUGCGAACAUCGCCUCUCUGGCGAUAAAAUCGGGUAACGCUGCUAUUCUAAAAGGAGGAAAAGAGUCAACAGAGUCUUUUAUUGCUAUCUCUAAGGCUAUUUCUGCGGCCUUAGAGAAGACAAAGGUUCCUAAUGGUGCUAUCCAGCUCGUCACGACAAGAGAUGUGAUACCGCAGCUCCUGGACCUAGACCAAUACAUCGAUCUUGUAAUCCCCCGAGGUUCCAACGAUCUGGUCAAGUACAUCAAAUCAAACACCAAGAUCCCAGUUCUCGGCCACGCAGAUGGUCUAUGCUCGAUAUUCCUCGAGAAAUCCGCAGAUCCUCGAAUGGCAUCCGACGUCCUCGUCGACUCAAAGACCAGCUACCCCGCCGCAUGCAACAGCUUGGAAACGCUCCUAGUCCAAGAAUCCGCCCUUGAAACCGUUCUCCCUUUGGCAGCCGGUAGUCUCAUUGCGAAAGGAGUUACUCUGCGCUGCGACGCCAAGACUAAAGCGAGUCUCAUCAAAACACUGCCUUCGAAUCUAGCUUCCAAGCUGAAGGACGCCGAAGACGCUGACUUUGAUACCGAAUUCCUUAGCUUGACGCUUGCUGUUAAGGCUGUUGCUGAUAUCGACGAAGCGAUCGCUCACAUCAACACCCACGGCUCCAAACACACGGACGUCAUCUUAACUAGCUCGUCUGAACUCGCUGAGCAGUUCAUGUCGAGCGUGGACGCGGCGGGUGUGUACUGGAAUGCUUCCACCCGGUUUGCCGACGGCAUGAGGUACGGUUUCGGUACCGAGGUCGGUAUUAGCACGAAUAAAAUCCACUCCCGCGGUCCGGUGGGCUUGGAAGGCUUGAUGAUCUAUAAGUAUAAGAUCCGAGGGCACGGUCAUAUAACGGCUGCGUAUGGCGAGGGCGAGGGGAAGAAGAGCUUUAAGCAUGAGAGACUUCCCUUGUAA